CUCAUCUCACAUGAGAUGGAUAAUACGUAAACGUAUUGACAAAGAAUUCUCUAAUGUUAAAAAUUUUGGCUCACUGGUACAAUCGCCAACGACAAAUUGUGACAAAGAAAAGAUAUGUCCAGUACUCCGCCCAUACCGCACGAUGAAUAUGGGCGAGCGCCCAUGAACUUGCCUACAUAUUUAUACCCCGGAAGCAGUAGUUUGGACUAUUCUUCUCAUCUUAUACCACCAGACGAAAGCAAUACAUUUGUCUCUUACCGUCCAAAAUUUGACCCAGUCAUGGACAUACAAGCCCGCAACAUAAAUUCUAGACAUGAAGCGGGGAGUUCCGGAAGAGAGGAAAUGAAAUCCUAUCCUAGUUCAGUAGAAGAGAAGAACUACAAUAGAAUGUUGACUGAAGUGAUAAAGACCAACAGAGAUAUGAAUCUGGUCAAUAUGGGUCUCGAUGAGUACAAGCGGAGAGAAAACUCAACUCCUCUGAACUCAACGCCCAAGAAUGGAGAAUACGAUGCAACCAGAAGUUUGCAUAACUAUGUAUCCGAAUCCUCUCUGAGAAACUUCACUCCAAAGGCCAAUGAUCAUCUUGCAACGGGAUAUCCAGAUAUGGGGCCGUACUCAACACAAGCAAGACUACGUCAGCAUGCGAUAGAUCCUAGGAUAUCUCCCUUUUCAUCAAUACUGCCAAACUCUAGCCUUCUACAGCAACAGAUGGCACCAUCUUUUUCUGGGUCAUAUGCCCCUUAUGAUAUGCUUUCAUCCUAUCUGAAUCCAUACGCUGCUUUCGAUCCUACUAGAGAAGCUGCAUCUUAUGCUGUGGACAGGAGAACACCUUUUCCAAAGAAUUAUCAUCCAUCCCCCGGUCAUUUGGGACUUAGUCAAGCUGCUGCUGGACUCCAACCAUUGCACCAAGGUUAUCAAGAUCGAGACAUUACUAGAAGUUACAUGAAUGCAGAUACAGCUAACGCUUAUUCAAAAAUGUUCGCUUCGCAAUAUAAUGGCAGCCCAAUGAAAUACAACAAGCAUACAAGUGAACUAGAAUCUUACUUACCAUCUAGGCAUUCGAGUCAUGCAGAUAAUUAUCCACAUUACUCAAACAAUUAUUCUCAAAGCAACAGCCUGAGUAGCUCAAGCAAAGUUGAUCAGAGUGGCAAAUAUCUCUCUAGUGGUUUGACUAAAGAUACUUUGAAGCUUAAUGAUGCUUCAGUAAUAGAUCUCACAAGCUCAAAUUCACCUGGUAUGAAUGCAGAAGCAGAUGUUGUAGAUAAAAAUAAGAAGAAAAAACAGAAAAGUGAACCACCUCCUUUAGUACGUGGACCUGAAUCUGCAUUGAAAGAAAAUGGCGUCCACGUGCAAAAAGAAUUGGACAGAACAAAGGAAUUUUCAAUUCAUCCUAAAAAAGACCAUCCCUCCAUGUCACCGUUUGGCGUGGACCCUCGUUCGUUGAUGUUAACGUAUCCUCCAGUUAAACCUUCCAAAAUAAAUUCUGGAAGUUUAAGUGAUCAAUCAUCGCAACAAAGUAGGUUAUAUGAUCCACCUGGCGAUCCAAAACGUUCACACACAGCCAACAUUGAAUCGCCUCAAAAAUUUAAUGCUCGGUGGCCAUUACCUUCAAGGUAUCAACACCAUACCCCGCCCCCUCAUCUUCAGACACCCCCACACAAUGAUACUUUGAAAAAUGGUCCCCCAUCAAAAAGUUUCAAAUCAAAGAAUGUCUCACAUCCAGGUGGUGAACUGACUUUUAAUUAUCCUGAAGGAGUUACUACCAAAUUAGAUAGAAACCAACAGGCACUGAGGUACCCACCUUCAUUUGAUAAUGGACUUUUACGGCCUGGAUCUCAUCCUUGGGCUAAAAAAGAUGAAUCCAAGCUCUCACCUUGGGAAAACCAUAUAAUGGAUACAGCUAGGGAUGGUAAGAUUCCUUUUAAAAGAAAUUACGAUUUCAGUUCGCAGGGAAAUCCUAGAACCAUCGCUGGAACGAUUCCAGUAACGAAUAAAAUAUCUUCAACCAAAGCAUCCUCACACUUACCAGAUUAUCAGCAUUCAGCGGCUGCACUCGCAGAGAAGUUCUCUCAAGAUGCUAAUGUUGAAAGUUCAACAGACGUUGCCAGAAAUACAGUAAUUCAAUCUACCCCAAAAACUGAAAUGCCAAACAAUAAGGAUGAAGAGAUAGGAAAUUCUGAUGAAAUACAAUUGCAAUGCAAUGAAAAUCUCAAUGUUAAGUCAAUAGAAGAUAAUGCUAUUCAACCCCACAGGACUAGUACAGAUGUCGUCAAAACACCUAACAAAAUUCAUGAAAAAAUCUCACCUUCAAAGCCAGGAAGAAAGAGGAAAGUGUCAAAUGCAGCAAAAGAUGAAGAACAAAAACCGAAGAGAAAAUACACAAAAAGAAGUGAAAUAUGGAAAAAGAAAGGUCCAAAAACUCAGAUUCAACAAAUCAAGGAUGAGGUUAUUCCUUCUCCUACUCUUCCAACUUCAGUAGAAGAAUCAAAAGAAGAAAAAACUGAACCGAAACAAGCCAAUUUAGAUUCCAAACCACAAGAACCAGAGCCUGAAGCAGCACCUGUUGAAAAAAGACAAAGAAAGUCAGGAGAUAUGGAUGAAUAUUUUUAUGGAUGGUUCACCGAUGAAGAAACAGAAAAUGAUGAUUCAAGUGAUGAAGAUUAUAGCUGCCCUACAACAACUACUUGCAAAAUUAACAGAGGAUUGAGAGGACAAGCAAAACAACGAUCAACCAGACGAAUGUCAAUGAGACACAAUGACUCAAAGACAAGUGAAGAAUCUUAUGACUUCAGACAUAAAAAUAAUAAUGAGAAGAUGUAUUCGAGUUCGAAACACGAGAAAAGGGGAAGAAGAAAAAGAAGAACAAGUAUCAAAUCUGAUACUCCUGUUACCACAGAAGGGAUUCCUGUCACAGAUAAAACAAUUCCUGUCACAGAUAAAACUAUUCUUGUCACAGAUAAAACUAUUCCUGUCACAGAUAAAAUUAUCCCAAUCACAGAUAAUACUAUCCCAAUCACAGAUAAUACUAUCCCAAUCAGAGAUAAUACUAUCCCAAUCGCAGAUAAAACUAUCCCAAUCACAGAUAAAACUAACUCAAUCACAGAAAAAGAAUCUGGGAAUGAUGUACCGAAAGUUGAAGAAGAUAUAGGUUGGAACAAAACCAAUAAUGAUGAAAUGUUCAAAAAAAUUGAAGAAAGUUUUCCUAUGGAUCAAAUUUCUGCUGACCUAGAUGAAGUGACCGGUGAACUGAGACAAAUUACAAAACUUCCUAAUUUUGAAGAAACUAAGUUGUGUGAAACGAAAAAACUAGAAAAAUCAAUCGUCGUAGAAAAAAAUGUGAUAACGAAUGAAAUACCUGCACUUGAACCUGUAAGAAAGAAAAGAAAAUAUACCAGAAGAUUGGAUAAAGAUGGACUUCCAAUUAAACGCGUUAAAAAAAUAAAAUGCGAUAUUGAAAAAGGUACGCUUGGUGAUGUUCCCCGAAAGAAGCGACAGUACAGGAAAACAUCAGACCGAUGGUUUAAAAAGUCUGUAAACAAAGGAAAUGAAGUUGUUGACAGUAAUGCUAUUGGUAAACAAAUAUCUCCUGCAUUAUCAGAAAAUUAUUUGAAUGAUAAUAUUAAUCUAUCUCAGGAGUCAAAUCUAGACAUGAAACCACCACUGCAUGACUUGAGGAGACCGAGUCGAGAAGUAUCUCAAAGUGAAGAUAUUAAAAGUUCACCAAACAAACGAAAAUUAUCCAGUACACUUCUAGAACAAUCCAACAAUACCUCAAUAAACAGUACUCAGGAAUCCACAAUAUCGAAUGCAUCUAAAGUAGAAAAUGACAAUUCUGAAAAACUUCCUGAAGGUCUCCUCCAUAUCACCACAAGACUGCACGAUGCUAAUGUCCAAAAUACCUCAAAAAGCGAUGACGCUAAAUCAGACACUCCAAUCAAAGUUAAAAAGAAACCUGGUCGUAAACUAGGAUGGAGAAAAUAUCCACAGCAACAAGCAUCUCUGAUGAAAGGCCCAGUAUUUAAAGAGGAAUUUAUUAAUACUGAUGGCAAGCAUACUAAUGCACCAGUUAAGAAAAAAUAUAAAAAGCCUAAAGGUGAUGGGCUCACAAGAUUCGGAAGAAGAAAAAGAGGUCGAAGACCAAAGCAUUUGUUACAAAAAUCCCCUGAAUCUGCUCUUUCAAAAUUACAGAAUGUCAAGCAUAGUACACCAAAUAAAAUGUACUUGAAGCAUCAUCCUAGAAAAUUAAAUUUGACAUCAAAAUUGGAGAAAAGACUUGGAAGACCACCUCUUAAACAUAAAAGACAUCUUAAUAAUUUUCUACCUACAGAUCGACUUCGUACAGCUGGUGAUUCUGCGAAAGAUCAUAGUAACAUACAAAAAAUAUUUCCAUCAAAUGACAAAAAGGAUAUUGUUCACAAAAUAAGUGAUGAAUUACAAAGUCAAGAAUAUGAAUAUGAUUUUACGAAUGAACUGUCUUUGUAUAACAAUGGGGAUGAUGACGAUAAUGAAGGUGGUGAUCUGAGCCUGAAUUUGCCAGAGAAUGAUGAAAGUAUAGCAACUCCGUCCUCUCCGCAGCCAUGUCAAUCAUCGAGACCUCAGACUCCGACUUUCUAUCAGAAUUCACCUUUUCCAUCCUACUUGAAGAAACUUUGUUGCAACUCUGCGAUUGGUGAAACUCAACUUCACAAAGCUGCUAGAAUGGGAUUUGUGGAAAAUAUCCGAUAUUACUUAGAAAGUGGAACCAAUGUCAAUCAGACUGAUAAUGCAGGAUAUACAGCAUUACAUGAAGCAUGUGUUCAAAAUAAUUUAGAGGCUGCUAUGUUACUCCUACUAUUUGGUGCUGAUGUCAAUAAAAAUGCUGUAGAUGGUACAAGGCCACUUCAUGACGCUGUUGAAUAUGAUCAUUUGGAAGUGGCAAGGUUAAUGUUGGCAUGUGGUGCUGAUCCAAUGUUAAGCAAGUUCUCCGGUCGAGCGAUACCACACAUGAUAAGAAGUCACAAAAUGAGAAACUUUCUUGAUGCUUAUUUCAAAGAACUAGAAGAUUUAACUGAGGAUUGUGAACAACCAAAGGAACUUGAAUGGAAAUUUCCUUGUUCAACAGUUUUUGAUAAAAAUACACCUCACUGCUACAAUACUUUGGAUGAACCACCAGAGAUUGAACAAGAGCAAUAUUUUGAAUUUGAAUUAUUUGAUGAACCUCCAUGCAAUACAUACUUACUACAACCUGAAGAGGAAUCAGCGAGAUCCAACUUCUGUUUACUUGAUGAUUAUUUAAAAGCAACGGAAAAACAAGGAAAUAGAAAGGCCAGUAUUCGAAUUACAACAAUAGCAAGAGAUCAAUUUGUUAGUCAAGUUGAAGGAAACCAAAUGCAAAACAAAUUAUUCAAAAAGAUGGUAAAACCAAGUUUAUCAAGUGAAGUUGUUGAACUCAUCGCAUUAGACUCUGAGGUGAGCAAAUCGACUGGUGCUGAACUUGUUCGAGUGGAUAUCUUCGAAGAUAUUUCUCCUAUUGAUAAACAAGAAUCAAAUGGAAGUUUAGAGCUAAAAACUGUAGAUGAAACUACUGAAGUUUCACCAGAAGAAGUGAAUGUGGUUUUACCGAUAUCUGAAAAAGCACAAAUUGAGAGACUGCACACAAUAGAACCACGAGAUUAUGAGAAUUCCGCUGAAGUCGCAAGCGUUGAUGUCAACGAAAAGACCAAAGAUUCUUGUGAAGUCAGCACCCAUGGAUCUUGUGAUGCUGGUAUGUGUGAUAGUAACAAUUCAGAAGCUGAAAGCGAAUCCCAUUCAAAUUGUACAAAAAGUUUCGAAGACAAAACCAAGACAAGUACAGAUGUGGUAAAAACAAAUGAUUGCGGCUCUUCAAAUCAUCCAACAACAGCAGAAAAUUCUACACCUGAUCAAGGUAGUUAAAAAUAUAACAGGCCAAGAUAUAUCCGAUUUUGUGAGGAGGUGGUCCAUGUGAUCAGAGAUUUAGCCUUUGUGAAUGAAUGUUCUGACUAACCUCUGUCAUGUUCCUGCACAUUUCUGUAUAUGAUUUUGUGGUAAUAAUGGUGUCUUCUUUGUUCAAACCACUUUUCUUUAUCAUUGACAAACUGGAUUCAAUCCAGAGGCAAUUCACAGAAAAGGGCCAAUUUGUUUUUAUUUUUCACUUCCUUUCAAUUCAAAUCAUGUACUUUUCUUUCUAUAUGUUGCAAUUGCUUCCUUUGCGUCUCUAUUUCAUACAACACACCCUUAAUUUCUCUACAUUAAUAUCUCUCGUUUUCUGAUUUUUAUAAAGUUUCAAAUAAAACAAAUGCUUUCAAAA